AUGGGCAAACACCACUACUAUGGACUAUUUUUUACUGCCUUGUGCGCACUCGGCGGUGUACAUGGUGAUUUCUCCUACGAAGACCCGGACCGAUGGGCAGAAACCGAUCCGGACUGUGGCGGAAUGCGCCAGAGCCCAAUCGAUAUCGUGCGCUCGGACGCUACGCUGCCCUCGCUCGACCAUGCGGCACCGCUGCUGCUCGAGGGCAGCACCCGCAAGCCGGUUUCGAUCAAUGUGACCAACAAUGGCCAUACCGCACAGUACACGUUCACCUGGAACACGGAGAGCGAACGGCCUGUUCUGCUCGGUGGGCCGCUACCGUUUGCCGCACCGUACGUGCUCGAGCAGAUGCACUUCCACUGGGGGGCCGAUAAUGGGCGCGGUUCGGAGCACACGUUCGAUGGGAUGGCGUACUCGGCCGAGGUGCACUUCGUGUUCUUCAAGCGGGAGUACGGUACGUUCGAGCAGGCUAUCUCCCACGAGGACGGGUUGGCCGUGCUCGGCGUGCUGUACGAGAUCGGCGGUGACAAGGUCAAGCCGGGUGCCAAGUGGGCACGGCCACUGCCAAAAAUCCGGCCCGCCGGUAGCACGAUCACGCUCGAAGACCGGGAAGUGUUCAGUCUUAGCUCGGUGGCGGGUGGCACCUGGCUGCGGUACUACUCGUACGCGGGCAGUCUCACAACACCGCCCUGCUCGGAAAGUGUCACGUGGAUCGUGCGCGACGGUACGUACCCGAUCGCGCAGAAGGAUCUGGACGAGUUGCGGAACUUGCGCGACUCGAACGAUAAACCGCUGGUCGACAACUUCCGUCCGGUGCAGCCACUAAACGGGCGUCCGGUGGUGCGUUACGGAUUCUAG